UCUUUAAACAGUUGCCUUUUCCUCUUACACAAGGAAGAUCUCAUUUUGUUUGAGACUGGAUAAAGUUAAACAAACCAUACACCAACCAGAGGGUAUGAUGGCUAAGAAGCCCCCUAAACCAGCUCCUCGCAGGAUCUUCCAAGAAAGAUCAAAGAUUACUGCUCUACCCUUGUACUUUGAAGGCUUUUUAUUAGUCAAGCGGUCAGAAUACCAGGAGUAUAAACAUUAUUGGACAGAGCUGAGAGGAACUACACUUUUCUUUUAUACCGACAAAAAAAGUACAAUAUAUGUUGACAAGUUAGACAUAAUAGACCUCACAUGCCUUGCUGACCAGAAUUCAACUGAAAAAAAUUGUGCAAAAUUCACUCUUGUUUUGCCAAAAGAGGAAGUGCACUUGAAGACAGAGAACACAGAAAGUGGGGAAGAAUGGAGAGGCUUCAUUCUCACAGUAACAGAACUGUCAGUUCCCCUACAUGUGUCACUCCUUCCUGGGCAAGUAAUUAGACUGCAUGAAGUCCUAGAGAGAGAAAAGAAAAGGAGGACUGAGAUAGAACGGUUACCGUGUUCAUCCUCGGAAAAAGAGAAGGAGCCAAUUGAAGAUUAUGUGGAUUUACUGAACCCUAUGCCAGCAUGUUUUUAUGCAGUGUCCCGGAGGGAAGCAACUGAGAUGCUUGAGAAGAAUCCUUCCUUGGGAAAUAUGAUCCUGAGGCCUGGUAGUGACAGUAGAAACUAUUCCAUCACCAUCCGGCAGGAGAUAGACCUUCCAAGAAUCAAGCACUACAAAGUGAUGAGUGUAGGACAAAACUAUACUAUUGAUUUGGAAAAACCUGUAACACUCCCAAAUCUUUUCAGUGUCAUUGAUUAUUUUGUGAAGGAGACUCGAGGAAAUUUACGACCAUUUAUAUAUUCAACUGAUGAAACCCCUGAGACAAGAGGAUUUCUUGUAACAUCUCUCAAAUGACUUUUUAAAAAUGGGCGUGGGGAAUCCAAUAUAAUUUGGCUUCUCCAUAGAUGAUAGUAUACACUAUCUAAUGCUGUGUAACAAAUCACCCCUAAAACAUGGUGGUUAAAUCAACCACCAUUUUAUUUGCUUACAAUUCUGCACAUCAGCAAUUUGAAUUGGAUUCAGUCGUAUAGUUCUUUUGCUAGUCUCACUUGGUAUCACUUACAGAACUAUACCAGUUGGUGGCUUGACGAGCUGGAUGGUCCAAGUUGGCCUCAUUCAUACAUCUAGUGCUGCUGGUCAGCUGGGGCUGGCUGAUCCACUUUCAUGUGCUCUCUAAUCCUCUGAAGUUAGCCCAAGCUCUUUCACGUUAAGGAGAGAAGGGUAGGUGCACAUCCUUGGGCUACAAAUUCUUAGUGUUGAGAAUAAAGUAUGGCCUUCUUGGAACUUUUAGUAAAGGAGAAACUGUGAAUUGAAUAAAUAAUUCCAAGUGUGGUUUGUCUUAUGUA